AUGUGGGGACUUGUGCGAGGGCGUGACCCGCGCUGGUCGCCCGCCUUUACGCCUACCCCGGCUGGGCUGAGCCCGCAGGCGGUGACGACGCCGACAGCAGCGAGGCGGUUCAUUAAGUUCGACACGCCGUCGACGAGGGGUACCCGCGGGAUGCCGUCCGUCGCGGAAACCUCGCGUCGACUGAAGGGCUGGUGCGAUAGGGAGGCGAAGGUGCUCACGGCAGCGCCGGCCAACAAGCGCAGCGCAGUCGCAGUAUCGUACACUACGUCACGAGAGCGCUAUCCCGGACGGCAACGAACAGAAAGGCAGGGAACGCUCGAGACUGCGAGAAGGGUGGAGUGGGAUGAAAGGGCAGCGCGCAGCGGCGGCGAAGACGUACAAAGAGAGGUCAUCAUGGGCGAAGGGCACGGACCCAUGAGGGACGUUUCGACUAUCGCACGUUUCGAAGGCCACGGGGCGAUCGCCAGCAUGUCAGCGGGGAGCGAGCAGGGGCGAGCCGCGCGUCCGGCGACCAUGGAGGUCGUGACAUGGCGCCGGGAGGACCCAGGCUGGUGCGAGCCGGGGGCGACCAAUGGCGGCGCUCAUCGGCAUUCCGCCGGGCAUGUGCGUUGCGUGAGGACCUCGCAUGACAUCGAGACAGGGAAUGGACCCCCGCGCUGUGACAACGGCGAAGGUGACGACGAUAGGACGAUAAGGGGGGAGAUGGGGAAGGGAGGUGCAAAAAGCGCGACGGAGAACAUGUUUGUGUGCGCGGGAUCGAUGGGCGAUCAACGAGAACCGGCGGCGACGUGGCCGUCAGCGGCGAGUUCGAAACGGGCGAUGACGACAAGGCCCUGGGCGGGCCAGAACAACGGCCGUGAUGGCGUGAGAUUUUUUCGGCCAGCGUGA